CUUCCCUUUCUCGCUCCUUCCGUGACAUUUUUGCGAAACGUCGGUCUCGUUUCUUAUGAAAAUUCAUCAAAAAAAUCACAUUAGGGCAUGCUCGGUAAAGUUUUUCGCACGAAACACCGUGAUAUAAAAUCUAUAACCGUGGUUAAGUUUUUUUGUGCCAAGUGCAAUUAAACAAUCAAGAUUCCGCCGAUAAUUCAAAGCCUACCCAGUGGGUGGCUUAUUUUGGUCUGAAUAAAAAUGGAAAAGAAACGAGACUCAUUUUUUAUGAAAAUGAAAAGAGACAGUGGGAAACCAGUCAAGCAGAAUCAUGAAGAAGUAGGAGAAAGCAAGUUUAAAAGGCAAGAAGAAUUCAAUAAAAAUCGCAAAGGUCUUGAGGUAAAGAAUGAAAAAAAGCCAUUCGACAAAAAAGGGUAUCGUUUAAAAAAAUACAGUAAAAAAUAUAAACUAAAACAAUGGGAGGAACAACGUAAAAAGAGGUUGCUGCGCGAGUACCAUAAAGAUAUUAAAAAUGACCCUACUCUAGGGACUUAUAAAGCUAAGACUUUUGACGAGGACACUACAGACGCGAACCAAGAAGUCGGCAAAUAUGUCCGACAUCCCGACUUGGUAGAGAAAAAGGAAAUAAAUGAUUCUAUUAAAGAAACAUCUCUAACGGAAAAAGAGAACUCGGGAUUUGUGAAAGCCAAAAAGGACCCAUACCACAAAGCUAAAGCCCAUUUUGAUAAAGUGAAACAAGAGAAGUUGCAGAAGCAACAAGAGAAACAAAAAAUUCAAGAAGAGAAAAAACAGAAACUUGACGAAUAUAAGAAGAAAAAGAAUGAACGCUUCAAGAAAUUGAGUAAGAAAACGAAGAAAGGACAACCAGUGAUGACAGGGCGGUUAGAACUUCUUUUGGAGAAAAUCCAGAAAUCGAAAUAGGGAAACAGUUCUUUAUUUCUUCAAGACUGCUAGUGCCGUUAGUCGGCAUUUAUGCAUUGCUAGUUACAUUUUAAUUAGAUGAUUUUUAUUCCCAUGUUUAAAAAUCGUAAACCAGUGUAAAUGUAAACCAGAUAAAAAAAUGGAAAAAUAUCAACAAUAUUUAGGAAGGCUUUUUGCAUUUAAAUUUUGCAUAUCCAAUAAUUUGGUUCUAUAAGUUUAUGGCAAUGUUAUUUUAUAAGUGGCCUGCCCUUUGCCGGAACACGUGGACUAAACCAAGUUUAAAGUAAUGUCACGAUUUACGAUUGCCUACAAUGGUAAUUUACUCUGGUAAUGACCUUUUGUUUUAUAUUAAUUAGCUCAUCGACAUGAGUAAUGCGUAUCAAGUCUUUAUGAAGUGGUAAACUUUUUAGUAGUGUACCGUGCUUUUAGUCAGUUUGUUGUCUCUGGAAUACCUGUUUGUUCUUAAGUUGAAUGUUUUGGAUUAAUCUGUUUGAUUUCAAAUAAAGUUGAGAUUUCUGUGA